UUUUUGGGGGCUCUUUUGGUAAUUAGUCUUACCAAUGAAAGAUGGCCACUCACAUGGAAAACCUCAUGUCAAAAAUAUUACGUGAUUUCUUACAGUGUGCUAGCAAGCCCGAAGAGUUUUUGAGUGCACAACCUCAACUUUUUGCCCAGUUGAAGAACAUCACAAAGUCUCUGUAUGAUCUUAGUAAAUCGGAAGAGUUUGGUCAAGUUUGGAGUGAAUCGGCACUUCCUGAACUCAUUGUGGAUAAUUUUGAUGAGGAACAGAUUUGGCAGCAGUUAGAACUUCAGAACAGUGGAGUGAUUGAUCAUUUAUUAACAAAAAUAAGUCAUUUAGUAACAGCUGUAGAGAAACAACCCACAGAAAGAUUAAAAUGUAAAUCAGACAAAAGUUAUCCAGGUGACAAGAGAACGGUAAGUUUUGAGGAGGUUGAAAAAGAAGAGGAGGAAAAUAUUGUCAGUGAUGACAGUGACAGAAUUGUGUUCAAAGGGAAUAAUGUGUUGGACAUUGAAAGUGAUGAUGAUAGUGAAAUUGACUUUAAAUUUCCAGAAUCAAAUCUGACUCUCUUGGAGGAUAGGGAAUCCGAGACAGAUGAGGAAAACCUGAUUAACAAAGAGACUUCUAAAUCAAAAGGAAUGGAGAACAAGAAAAGGCAGGGGAGGAGUGUGGUGGAUGACAAGUUCUUUAAGUUGGCGGACAUGGAGAGUUUUCUGGAGCAGGAGGAUGCUCGAGAGGAGAGGAGGAGGAGGGGAGAGGAGAGUGAUGAAGAUGAGGAGGAUGUUGAUAUGUUUGCAGACAUCCCUUCUGAUGAGGAGGAAGGAGAAAGUGGGAAGCAAAUGUAUUAUGAAGACUUUUUUGAUCCUCCCGAGGAAAUGGAGAAUUCAGACAAACAGAAGAAAAAGUCAAAAGAUUCCAAGCGUAGAAAAGACCACCAAGAAGAGAAGAAGGAGGAGGAGGGGGAAAUGUUUGAGGAGGAAGAAAUGGAUGAAGAUGAUGGUACAGAAGAAGAAGAAGGGGAUGAUAUUGAAGAUGAUGAAGAGGAGGAUAUUGAAGAAGACAAUGCUAUCAGACAGAAACCUAAGGAUCUCCUGGACUCUGAUAGUGAGGGUGAAGAUCCAGAUGAUGUUUUGGGCAGAAAACCACAAGAAAAAUCAACAUUUGAGAAACAGCAAGCCCAGCUCAGGAAAAAAAUAAUAAAAAUGGAGGAGGCAAGUCUAGCAGAAAAACAAUGGCAACUGGCAGGAGAAAUUGGAGCCACGGAUCGACCUGAAAAUAGUUUGUUAGAAGAACACCUGAUGUAUGACCAAACUGUCAGACUUCCCCCAGUGAUUACAGAGGAAACAACCCAAUCCUUGGAGAGCAUCAUUAUACAGAGAAUAAAAGACAAGGCCUUUGAUGAUGUGGAGAGGAAAGUCAAACCCAAAGAGAAUCCAUUCGAGUAUAAAAAGAGGAUUGUACUGGACCAGGAGAAGAGCAAGAUUAGUCUUGGGGAGGUGUAUGAACAGGAAUAUCUCAAACAACAGAAGGAGGAGGGGGAAGAGAAAACAGAGCCUCAACAUGAAGAAAUCAAAUCAAUGAUGCAGUCCCUGUUUGUCAAACUGGAUGCUCUGUCCAACUUCCAUUACACCCCUAAGGCAGCAGCUCCGGAGGUGAAGAUAGUGACAAACCUGCCCUCAAUAAUGAUGGAGGAAGUAGCUCCUGUAACCCAGGGUGAUGGAACUCUGCUGGCUCCUGAGGAAAUCAAGGAUAAAAAGAGAGGUGAGCUAAAAGGAAAAACUGAGGAGACGGAGACAGAUAGGAAAUCUCAGAGACGGAAUAAAAAGGCCGAGAAGAGGAAACGACUUAGGGAGAAAAAGAGACGACAGGCUUUAGUGGAGAAAUUAAAUCCUGGGCUUGGAAACAAAUAUAGCAAGGAAAAGGCCAUCAAAGAGUUAGAGAAAAGCAGCAAGUCAGGAUCAGGGGUCACCAUGCUCAAGGAGGACAAGCAUGCUGGCAAACAGAAACUUGGAUCCUCCAGGUCAUUUUUCACACAGCUUCAAGAGGAUGCUCAGUCACAGAUCAAAAAACGAAAAACUGGUCCCAGCAGUAAAAAAACUGUACAGAAAUCUGCCAAAGUAUAUAAAUUAUGAUAAAAUGA